AUGGAUCUUGUAAAUGAAUAUUCCUCUAGUGAAGAUGAAACCAUUUCUACUUCAUUACAAGUUGCUAAACGACAGAAGAUAGAUUUAGCACCUCAAGUUACUUUAGAGGAUUUAAAACUUACCAGAUCGAUUUAUACAAAACCAACAGACACAGAAAUUGGCUUUAACAUACCAUAUGAUGAUAUGAUGAAACCUAUGACAGGACCACAAAAUCCAUUUAAUACAAAAAUAAUGAAUAAAAAUGUGUUGACAGGACAUGUGGAAGAACAAGCGUAUUCCGAGGCAACAUUUAAGACACAACAACGUACAUUUACAUCAUUUGGAUAUGCAUUGGAUCCUUCAUUGAUUGGAAAUCCUGUUGGUUCUGGUGCAGCUAGCGGAGGAGUUGGUAGUGGUGUAGCAGGUACAGGAUAUGUAGGAGAUAUUGAAAAGGCCAUAGCUAAUAAAGGAGUCACAGUGUAUGAUUCCACGCCUAAAUCAUCAAAUACACCCAAAAGAAAACCUAAAGGAGAUUCGUCAAUAUUAGAAGGUGAUAAUGCAUAUCAGGGGCCUUGGGCUGGUUAUGAAGGUGAAAAUAUUGGAAAUCCUGUUGGACCACCUGAAGGCGUUGUGUCUGCAAAGGUUGAAGCUGAUGUUAAAGCUAAAAAACAAAUAGAAGCUGGUCAAGAAAAAACUAUAUUUCAUGGAAGAACUUAUAUGCAUGUUCCAAUGGAUUUGGAUGUCAAUUUAUUAGGUGAACCGGGCCAACAAGAAAGUUACAUACCAAAAAGAUGUAUUCAUACUUGGACUGGGCAUACAAAAGGAGUUAGUGCUAUAAGAUUUAUUCCAAAGUCUGCACAUUUGAUUUUAUCUGCAAGUAUGGAUACAAAAGUCAAAAUUUGGGAUGUUUAUCAUGAUCGCAAAUGUUUAAGAACUUAUAUUGGACAUAAUAAUGCAGUUAGAGAUAUUACCUUUACUAAUGAUGGAAAACGAUUUUUAACUGCUAGUUAUGAUAAAUAUAUUAAAUUAUGGGAUACAGAGACUGGACAAUGCAUUAAGUCAUACACAACUGGUAAAAUUCCAUAUGUUGUUAAAUUUAAUCCUGAUGAAGAUAAGCAAAAUAUCUUUUUGGCUGGAUGUUCGGAUAAAAAAGUAGUUCAAUUUGAUGCUAAUACUGGGGAAGUGACACAAGAGUAUGAUCAGCAUUUGGGAGCUGUAAACACAAUCACGUUUGUAGAUGAUAAUAGGAGAUUUGUUACAACUUCAGAUGAUAAAACGUUAAGAGCAUGGGAAUUUGAUAUUCCGGUUGUAAUUAAAUAUAUUGCUGAACCACAUAUGCAUAGUAUGCCAGCAGUAACUUUACAUCCAAACAGAAAAUGGCUUGCCUGUCAAUCGUUAGAUAACCAAAUAGUAGUUUAUGGAGCUAAAGAUCGAUUUAGGAUACAUCGCAAGAAAAGAUUCACAGGCCAUUUGGUUGCUGGAUAUGCUUGUCAAAUUAAUUUUUCACCAGAUGGAAGGUUCAUUAUGUCUGGUGACUCGGAAGGGAAUAUGUUUUUUUGGGAUUGGAAAUCUUGUAAAAUGCUCAAGUAA